AUGAAAUACAGAGAAAACAGUUCUAUGGUUCUCACAGGCCUAGAUAUUAAAUUUAAUGGUCAAGAAACUAUUGGUAUUGUCAGAAGAACAUACAAGUCUUCAGUAUGUGUAGCACUGUUUCGACUAGUAGAACGAACUGCUGGCACUAUCCUAAUAGACAAUGUGAACAUUGAAAGUUUGCAAGACCUAAGAACAAAAUUUUCUGUCAUUCUUCAAGACACCAUUCUGUUCAUAGGUACAAUAAACUACCAUUUAGAUCCUUUCAGCAACUGUACAGAUGAUCAGAUCUGGCAAGCACUUGAAAGAACUUUUAUGAAAGAUACAAUGUUAAAACUGCCAGGCAACCUACAAGCAGCUAUUGAAAAUGGAGGGGCACAGCAGCUACUUUGCAUGGCAAGAGCACUGCUUCAAAAUUCAAAAGUAAUUGAAGUUAAUUUAGUUGAGUAA